CCUAACGAACAAUGAAAACCAGAAUACCAAACGAAUAAUGAUACCCAGAAAUUUCAAUGAGAAAGAUGAAAUAUAGAAGUAGAGGGAGAGCGAGGAGAAGGGAUCUGAGAGAUCGGAUCCAAAGAAGAUAUUUGGUGAGUCUCUACAUCUUUUUGGUUGUGGUGCUUCUCGCUGUCGUUGGUCAUUACGUCCAUGGCGGCCAUUUUAGGGAAUCCGCCGCUGAUGGAGGACGGCGCUGAAUCGUGCCAUCUCAGGGGAUCGGUCGCUCAUUGCCGGUAGCUACGAGACAUAAUGCUCGCCAUGGAGAAUUCACGCUCAACCGAGACUUUUCAAACACGAAGUCGGGAAGCUGCUGAAUUGGCGCUCAAUCGACGCAACCUAGUCCUAGAAUCGAAAUCUCUUCGAAACCCACAAUCGAAAAUUAACCUUUCGUUUGAAACCCAAAUCUCUAGCAACAAAACGAAGUGGGAGAGGAGGGAAAUUCGACCAAGUGAGAGAUGGAUGCACUUUUGGUGAUGGAAGGGAGAAGUCGACGUUGAAAUGAACUGGGAUAGAUACUUGAGGGCAAUGUUUGGAAAUGAAAAAAUAAGAAUGAGGGAUUGUGAAAUAGCUUAUCGUCAUCAGCUAUUUUAAAAACCCACAUAUGAGAGUUUUUAAAAUAACUAAUUACAAAAUCCUUCAUUUUUCUCAAACGCAUAAUUGUUUUAAAAUCCUGCAUAAUGAGGGAUUGUUUUAAAAUCCCUAAUAAAUCCCUCAAUAAAAUUUGGCAUCCAAACGACCCCUAAAUGUUUUGUAUGAGAGAGAAGGGAGUGAUGUGAACAUGGUUGUCACGCCGGUCGGCGUGCCACUGGUUGAACCUGGCUGAACCUGUACCGGUCAUAAAACCGGUAUGACACUAUCGGUAUGAUCGGCAUGAUCGAUAUACGAAUCUCUAAGUAAAAUGAUCUUAUAUUAGUGAAUUUAUUUGAUAAAAAGUAAUUUAUUAUUUAUUUUGUGUUAAAAAGUUAAAUAUUGAUGUUAUUUGUUGGAUUCAAGUGCAAAUAUUUAGGUAUUGACGUUAAAUGUCGUGCUUAAAUAUGAGUAUGUGUAAAUUAUUUGUAAUAUUAACCGGCAUGAACCGGCACAAACCGGUAUGUACCACCGGUCGAACCAUUCCACUUGGUAAAUCGGCACACUGACACAAACCGGUUUGACAACCUUAGAUGUGAAUGAUGGUUAUUGGAUUAUGAAUGGUUAAUGAUAAGGUUAUGCAUAGGAAUUAAUCCCAUUUUAUUGUAAUUUUGACUAAUAAUAUCUAAUCUAAUCUUAGAAGAUAACAACAAAAUUCAUGUGUCUGCAUUCAUAAAAAAAAAAAAAUCAUGUGUCUGCCGUCUGCCACUGGGCAGUGCGCUCAAUUUUUGAUAGCUACCAAGCAGAGCAGAGCGGGGCGGCGAUUGAAUGUUGUCUGCCUGCUUGGCGGCGAUCGAAAGAGAAAUCUAAUUUCAUACGACAGGCGGGGGCCGGAAAGUAAGAGAAGGGGAAGAGGAUGAUAAAACCGGGGAGGAAAAUACAAAAUAGUCCAAAAAUAAAUAAAGAGGAAUUACUAGCUAGAAAGAUAUCGCUGGGGACUGGGGUGAGGUUAAGUAUCCCGUCAUCGAAACAGAAGCUCCCAGCCAAAUCCCUAGUCAACAAAAUAGCGGCAAGCAAGGCAAGCAAUCCGGAUUUGUUUGUUGUAGGUCAGGCGGAAUUGAAUUGGAAUGGGAGCAAGCAGCGACCCUAAUCAAGACGGCGGUUCCGAUGAGCAGCAGAAGCGAUCCGAGAUCUACACCUAUGACGCUCCCUGGCACAUCUACGCAAUGAACUGGAGCGUCCGCCGCGACAAGAAGUACCGGCUGGCCAUAGCCAGCCUCAUGGAGCAGUACCAGAACCGCGUUGAGAUUGUUCAGCUCGACGAUUCCAACGGCGAGAUCCGCUGCGACCAAAACCUCUCCUUCGAGCACCCUUUCCCUCCGACGAAGACCAUGUUCAUCCCUGACAAGGACUGCCAGAAGCCGGACCUCCUGGCCACCUCCAGCGACUUCCUCCGUGUCUGGCGAAUCUCCGACGACCGGGUGGAGCUCAAGAGCCUCCUCAACGGCAACAAGAACAGCGAGUAUUGCGGCCCUCUCACCUCCUUUGACUGGAACGAGGCCGAGCCCAAGCGAAUUGGCACCUCCAGCAUCGACACCACCUGCACCAUCUGGGACAUAGAGCGCGAAACAGUCGACACCCAGCUCAUCGCCCACGAUAAGGAGGUCUACGACAUCGCCUGGGGCGGCGUCGGCGUCUUCGCCUCCGUCUCCGCGGAUGGCUCCGUCAGGGUCUUCGAUUUGCGGGACAAGGAGCACUCCACCAUUAUCUACGAGAGCUCUGAGCCUGAUACCCCCUUGGUCCGCCUGGGAUGGAACAAACAGGACCCCAGGUACAUGGCCACCAUCAUCAUGGACAGUGCCAAGGUUGUCGUCCUCGACAUCCGCUUCCCUACCCUACCCGUGGUUGAGUUGCAGCGGCACCAUGCCAGCGUCAACGCUAUCGCCUGGGCACCUCAUAGCUCUUGCCACAUUUGCACCGCUGGAGACGAUUCCCAGGCCUUGAUUUGGGAUCUCUCCUCCAUGGGCCAGCCUGUUGAGGGCGGACUCGAUCCCAUUCUUGCUUAUACAGCGGGCGCCGAAAUUGAGCAGCUGCAGUGGUCCACUUCCCAGCCUGAUUGGGUUGCUAUUGCCUUCUCUACCAAGCUCCAGAUUCUCAGGGUCUGACCUGAUCCGGCCUACUUACCUAUUCAUAAGUAAACUCUUUUCGUCUUUGCCAACUCCCCACAAUUCACAAUGGUGUAUGCACGCAUGUCUACACUACACUUGCUGGUGAGUGCCCCCAUGUAAUUUCAAUUUUAACCUUCUGGAUAGGGUAGCUACAAUUUCUUUUUCCUUUAUGUGGCGUGAGGUGGAGUGAAGGGGUGAAACUUGUUUGGCGUGUACUUGUUCUUAAUACUAACUUCAUGCGCUGCAACAACUUUGAGUUAGUGUCUACUUCUCCUUUACUUUAUUGCUUAUGAUUUAUAAGCUUGUUCUGCAUGUGUGUUAUGUUCUCUCUGCUCUGCUUGUGGGGGCGUGUUGCUAAUGGUAAUAUGGUAUAUGAACUUCCAGAUGUCAUACCUCUGUAAGCGUGCUGUAAGGAUUGUACAUGUUGGUGAACGAAUCCUCUUUUAGAUGUACAUUCCUGAAACACUUAAGUUUGAGUAUCAAGGGAAGAAAUGUAACAGUUUAAUGUUCUUCAGAGUUGGAGGAGAAGAUCAAUUUGGCGGACAGCAGAUUCCGAUUAAGUGAUGCAUUUCCUGGACGAACUUGGUUGAUCAGAUAUAGAGGUAGAUAGCCAGGAAUAGGAUAGGAGCUCAGACCGAUAUGCAAUAUGUCAACCAGUGGAUAUAAGUUUAAUCAGAAAGCUGUGUACCACGAGGCACGAGGAGUGCUCAGAACAGUAAACGCGGUUUUUGUUCCUUUUCACUGUUUUUAAACUCAUAAUAAUAUUAUGAUGAGCCUACAAUAUUUUGCUGUCCGAGCCUCCGAGGUAGGCCUCUGAUUGUAGCUGCAUCUGUCCCUUCAGUGCAUUCUCUAAAGCAAGUGUUAUACAUUGGAGUAUCUGUAGAUUGUUUCAAGUGCCAGUAGCUUUGCUUCGCAUCAGAAUCAUGUUAGCUGGACAUUGGUUUGGUUUGGGUGCGAUAGAAUUUCUGACAAACCGAGCAAGGAACCAAUCAAUCGUUUUUUGUCCCAUUCUCUCAGACCUGUCACAAGUAGAUUCUCCUUGCCAUAAACGUAAAGAAAAUUGUACAAGCUAU